ACUCCUAACUUCGGUGGCGGGAAGAUGUUCCGGAACGAAAUGAGUCUGAGGAGUUACGACCACCAGUCCUCCAGCGGUGUUUCCUCUGCAAACAGCCAGGAUCUAGUGACGUCAGAUAGCGGUCAUUCAUCCGGCAGUCAGCAGCUGCCGUCAUCAAAAUCAGUUUCGUCCGCAGCAGCAAACAGCUCCAGUUCUGGUAUCGUUUCAUCAGACAAUGAACCAUCUCAAGCUGAAGCAGUAUCCCAAAACUUAGCGGCUUCCAAACCAACAGACUGUUCAAAACCAGCGCAGAGUAUUGUACCGGACCCGUCCCCUGCCGAAGCUCCUAGUCCUUCUCGAAAUGAUACCCCGCCCACAUCCCCACCUCCUGAGUUCAGAGCUGAGUUCUCGUUCAGCGAGGUGAGGCUACAGGAAGCGCUAGCUAAGUCAACUAGAGCAGACAUAAACUCACUGGCAAGUCCUGAUUCAAGCGGUGGACUAUCAGGACGGGACAGUCUGCCCACACCUACCCCUCAACUUCAAGUUAUUACAGAAAGUGUCAGUAUGGAGGAGAGGGUGAGGCAGUUAGAGACUGAACUAGAACGGGAGAGACAGAAGAUCAAGGAACGAGAUAAGACUAUUGCAGAACUUGAACAGAAACUCAUGAAGUAUCAGAUUGAUGAACUGAAAGGGGUCAUGGAUUGAUGGAAUAUACAACUAGGGCUUAUUAGGGUACUAAUUGAUUCAUUUUUAUCGAUCUUAUCAUUGAAACGGACCAGCCAGCUGAGGUUAGAAGAAAACGUUUUCGAGUGUAUAUUUAUAUUAUAUUUAAUCUUCUACCGAUUUGAAAUAGGAAAUUUAUAUUAAAGCUUUUUAAACGGAAGAUGAAUUUGAAAUGAUUUAAUUUUAAAGAUAAAUUAAAGUGGGAAAGGGUUCUUUUUAACUCGUUUAAAUGAAGUUAACAAUGCAGUUGUUAAAAGAGCUUGUACAUGAUAGUCUCCGCAUAUGUAGACAGUAUAAAGGUCUCCAACUACACUGCUAACAAACUUGUUUACACUUUGUUUAGAUCUGAGUAUCGUGUUAUCAGUCACUGAA